AUGGAUUCAUAUGACGCAUAUGACGCCUCCCCCGGGCGAGGUCGCGACGCGGACUCCUUUGGUCGGCCACCAUCGGAUUAUCGUCGCCGUUCCCCAGGUCCACAGGAUCGACGGGGUCGCGGCCGUGGCCGGUCUCGAUCGCCAAUGAUUGAUCGCUACGAGCCCUCUGAUCGCCGUCCCCGCGAUGACUUUUACAACAGUUCGCGUGAUCACGCCGCGCGUGAUCGUGAGGACAGACGACGUGCUCCUUCCCCGAACGUUAUGCACAUCGACCGGUACAUUCCUGGCCAAGACUUUGGAAAGCGGCCUCUUCCGACCAAUCCUCUUCCGGACCCGUUGACGCUGGACUUCCAGGUCGGCUUCACCUGGUUUGCCGAAUGGUGGCGAGCGGAGCAGGCGAUCAAGGAGGAAAGAGAGCGCGCCAAGCACGGAGGCCGUCGCCCGUCAGAUCGCGUUAAAGGCGAGCGUGAGGCUCGCGAUGACCGUGACAGAGAGAGAGCUCAGAUUCAAGCUGCAUACGACACAUACAAGGUGGAUCUGCAAAUCAAGCUGGCACGUGCAUUCGUGCAGCAGCACCGGGAGGAGGAGUGGUUCAAGGAGCGCUAUGUUGCCGAGGUCCGAGAUCCGAUCCGUAGUCGACUGCUCAACUUCCGCAAGGGUGCAUACGAACAGUGGGAACACGAUCUCAAUGGGGGCCUUUUCGAUGAUUUCACUCUGGAGGGUAUCUACAAGAGCGAAAGUGACGGUGCGGGCGGUGUGGUUGAAAAGGAAGAAGGUGAAGCCACUGCCGUGGGGGAGACCCUGGGAGUCUUGGACCUUCUCCCUGUGCGAGGAGGUGAGCUGAGAGAUGACGCGCUCUCUCAGCCCGCUCUGCUUAUCAAGACCUUGGCUCCCAAUGUGAGUCGAGACAAGAUUGAGGACUUUUGCAAAGAACACCUUGGCGAGAAUGACGGUGGGUUCAAGUGGCUCAGCCUGAGUGACCCGAACCCCUCGAAGAAGUUCCACCGCAUGGGAUGGAUCAUGCUGCACCCUGGCGGCGAGCAUACCCAGAGUGUGGAACGGGGCGAUGGGCGUGAAGAAGAGCUGGACCAUGACAUUGGCAUGGGUGAAACUGUGACCGUCAAUGCCGCUGAAAAGGCACUCGAGGCCGUCAAUGACAAGACCAUUCUUGAUCCAGUCCACGGGGAUUUCACCUGCCACGUGGGCGUUCAUGUACCGGCAGCCCAGCCGCGGAAAAAGGCGUUGUGGGAUCUUUUCUCCGCCCCCGAGCGCAUUGACCGUGACCUCGAGCUCGCCCGACGACUGGUCUCAAGCAUGGAUGCUGAGAUGGGCGAAGUGGACGGGUGGGGCAAAAUUGAAGAGCGCGUGGAUGAUCUUCGAGGCAAAGGUUGGCUUCAGCCCCCUGUCACCGGGCCCGUGAGGGUCAAGAAGCAGAAGAAUGAUUUUGAUGAGGACGGCGGUGAAGACGGGGAAAUGGAGGAGGGUGAGGAGCAGGAUCAUGCGGACGAUGACGAGGUGGAUGAUGAGGAACUGUUGUCAAAGAAAAAGAAGUUGGAUCUGAUGGUUGAAUAUCUUCGUCGGGUUCACAACUUCUGCUUCUUCUGCGUCUUCGAGUGCGACUCUGUCCACGAGUUGGGUCGCAAGUGUCCUGGUGGUCAUCUUCGACGCCCGCGGACUGGUCUUUCUCAACAGGCCAAGGAGGUUGCCCGUGCCAGCGCCCUUGGGCAGCCCUUCCCAGUCAAGAAGAAGGAACCCAGCGAGGAUGGAGAGGAGCAGGCGUCACCGGCACAGGACCGACGGCCGCCGAGAGCGUCCAAGUCCGAACAACAGCUUCAGCGUGCAUACAACUGGGUGAAGACCUUUGAAGAUAAGCUGUUGCAGAUCUUGGAGCCCGAAAACGCGGAUCUCCGUCGACUUGGUGGCAAGCCUGUGGAGGAGGCGCUUGAGGAUGAGCUCGCCAAAUACGUCAAACAGGAAACCGAUGACCGUUACCGAUGCAAGGUGCCCGAGUGCACCAAGUUGUUCAAGGCGGAGAAUUUCUGGCGCAAACACGUCGAAAAGCGUCAUGGCGAAUGGUUCGACAACAUCCAGCGUAAUCUUGCUCUGGUCAAUGCUUACGUUCUUGAUCCCUCGCGCAUCGCUCCUUCUCGCUCCGAUGCCAAUAGCAAUGGUCACUUCCCUCACGGUUCUAGCCAUGGACAUGGAGGCACCCCUCGCGGGUUCAGCCUCCAUAAUCCAGCCUUUGCCGGCAGUCCUGCAGCGCUUCCCGCCGGAUUUCCAGCGGGUGGGGUGCCGGGAUUCAUGGGUGGUUCUUGGAGCAGCUCGCACGGCACUGCCGACGGUGGUCUCCACCAGCCAGGAGUGAUGCGGCGGGGUGGCCAUCGACAGCACUCGCAUCGCUCUGGUCCUUAUGAUCGUCGCCGUCCUCCCAACGGCCAUGGGCGUCUCAGUCCUGUCCGCAUGUCAGGCAUGUACGGCCCCGGCGGCCGUGGUCCAUCAAACUUCUCCGUGCCUCCCGGCCAUCCCGCUGCGAACAUGGUUCCUCCAAAUCCCUUCCCCGAUGCCAUGAACGCGGGCGGUGGCUCCCAGGGUAUUCCUCCACGGGAGGCCACCCAGGGUCGCAGUUUGAAGAGCUACGAGGAUCUGGACGCUGUGGGCGGAUCUGGUAGCGGAGAGCUAAAUUACUAA